AUGCAUAUCUACUGGGCGUCGGUAUUUAUUCUUCCUAAACGUAUUAUUCAAGAGCUUGAGGAGAGGAUGCGGAAGUUCUUGUGGUCGCAAGGAAAUAAUAUCAAAGGUAAAGCUAAAGUUAAUUGGAAAUCGGUAUGUAUGCCGAAAACGGAAGGAGGCUUGGGGAUUCGGCGGGUGGUCGACAUGAAUAAUGCUCUAAUGGCUACACAUAUUUGGAGUUUGCUUUCAAAUCGGGAGUCUUUAUGGGUCAAAUGGGUGCACUCUUAUCACAUCCAAGAUCGAAGUUUUUGGGAAAUUCCUGUUAAGAGUAAUAUUUCAUGGAGCUGGCGAAAGUUGUUGAGUCUGAGGCCUCUUAUUCGUGAUUAUGUAUGGACUAAAGUGGGGGAUGGCACAAAAACGUUUGUGUGGUUUGAUAAAUGGGAUAAUAUUUGUCCGAUUAGUAUGUUUAUUACCCCGAGACGUAUAUCCAAUGCCGGUUUUAGAAUGAAUACGAAGCUGGCGGAGGUGUAUAUUCAUGGAGAAUGGAGAUGGCCGAUUGCCUGGAUCAACCAGUUUGCGGUGCUAAACAGCUUGAGAGAUAUGGAGCUAGCCUCAAAUCGACAUGAUGAGCUUGUGUGGAGAUCGAGGUUGGGAGUAGAAUCGGAGUUUAACACGGCUUUAGUUUGGGAUGACAUUAGACAAAGUCAGAAUGAGGUGUCAUGGGCGAACUUGGUGUGGUUUCCGUAG